GUUUACCUUCCACACUGAAUUUUUCUGACUGCCACCGUGUGGAUUAUAUUCUACAUUUCAUUUUCAACUUUCUUUCGUGGCAUCAAUAGUUUUUUUAAUUUUCAUUGAGGAACAAAACAAUUGAUAAAAGCGAACAUUUGACGGAGUUGCUGGAGCGAGCAAGAAGUCACACACGGGCAACGGAACAAAACGGGAAAAAAUACACAGAAAUAAGAUGCGAAAAACGCAUUGCUCAUUAGUGCUUUUAUUAGCGGCGGCAUUGUGCCUUUUAAUUGGGCCAACUAUUGCCAGUGAAGCAGAAUCAAAUUUCGACGACGAUGAUGGAGUCGUUGAAGCAGUUCAGGAUGAUACACCCGCCUUAGCCACCGAUGAAAAUGGUGAAGAAUUAGUGUACGAAAGUCCUAAAUAUGAUCCUAAACAAUUCCAUUUUGUCGAUCAUUUUGACGACAUUGAAAAAUCACAAAAGUUAUGGGUAAAAUCUCAGGCAAAAAAGGAUGAUAUCGCAGAGGAGAUAGCCAAAUAUGAUGGCGUCUGGAGUUGGGAAGCACCCCAACGUAUUGUCUGGAAGAAUGACAUUGGCUUGGUAUUGAAAUCCAAAGCCAAGCAUGCAGCCAUUGCUUCCAAACUUUUGAAACCAUUCACAUUCAAGGAGGAUAAGCCUCUAAUUGUACAAUAUGAAGUUACAUUACAGGAAGGUCAAGAGUGCGGAGGUGCCUAUAUUAAAUUACUUUCAGCAAACAAAGCCACAGAUGACCUUACUAAGUUCAAUGACAAAACUCCAUACACAAUUAUGUUUGGACCUGACAAGUGUGGCAAUGACAUAAAAAUGCAUUUCAUUUUCCGUCACGUUAAUCCCAUUAAUGGCAGUAUUACUGAGAAGCAUUGCAAGAAACCAAAAGACCGUUUGGAAGAACCUUUCAAAGACAAAUUACCUCACUUGUACACAUUGAUUGUACGUCCCGACAACACAUUCGAAAUUCGUGUGGAUCAUAAUAUCAUUAAUGAAGGUUCUUUGUUGACUGAAUUCACACCACCUGUUAAUCCACCACGUGAAAUUGAUGAUCCCGAGGAUAAGAAACCUGAGGAUUGGGAUGAACGUGAAAAGAUUCCAGACCCCACUGCCCAGAAACCAGAAGAUUGGGAUGAUGAUGCACCACCACAAAUUCCUGACCCAAGCGCUGUUAUGCCCGAUGAUUGGUUGGAAGAAGAACCAGAAAUGAUUCCAGAUCCCUCCGCCGUUAAACCCGACGAUUGGGAUGUUGAUAUGGAUGGCGAAUGGGAAGCACCUUUGGUUGAUAAUCCUGUGUGUGAAAAGGUCUCUGGUUGUGGCAAAUGGAAGGCUCCAUUGAUUGCCAACAAAGAAUACAAGGGCAAAUGGCGGGCACCUAUGAUUGAUAAUCCCAACUACAGAGGUAAAUGGUCUCCACGCAAGAUACCCAAUCCCGAUUUCUUCGAAGAUUUGACUCCCUUCAAAAUGACACCUAUUGGCGCCGUUGGUAUCGAAUUGUGGUCCAUGUCCAAUGAUAUUCUUUUCGAUAACAUUAUCAUUACUGAUGAUUUGGAUGUGGCCAUUGAUUAUGCUGCCAAAACAUUUGAUUUGAAACGUAAAUACAUUGACAAAGAAUCGGAUACAUUCUUGAAUAAGGUCAUGCAAUAUGGUAAAGACAAUCCAUGGUCAUGGCGUAUUGCUUUAGUAUUGAUUGUUACCCCCUUGGCAUUCUUCUUCUAUCGCUUAAUGAGCGGCAAAAAGGACACCACUGCUACAGACAAAAAGACAGAUGCUGUACAACCAGAUGAUAAACCAUCAGACAACAAAGAAGACUCAACAGAAGAAUCUAGUCCAAAAACGAAAAAGUCUGAUUUAGAUGUUAAAGAUGCAGCCGAUGCCGCAGAUAAUGAAGAAGAUAGUGGUAAAGAUUCCACCGAAGAUGUUGAUGGUGGAGCUUCUGAAGAAAAAGAGACUGAGGAAUCCACUACAACUAAGCCACGUAAACGCCGUGUGCGUAAAGAUGCAUCCUAAUUGUCAUCAUCCCGCAAUAAUUUAAAUUAUAUUCAUUAGCAAUUUUCUCAUUAAUUUUAAUGAUUUCUAAGAAACAUUUUU